UAGACAUAGACAAUACUGACAUUGUGAAUUUGUCAAACAUUUUUAUUUGCAAACACUUACCGACAAUUUCUUCAAUGAAUGGCUGCGAUUGAGAAAGUGAAGGUUGUGGUCCUCGGUGAUUCAGGUGUGGGCAAAACAUCUUUAACACAUUUGAUAGCACAUAAUAAGCCCAUUUUAUCGCCGGGAUGGACGGUCGGUUGCUCUGUGGAAGUUAAAUUACACAAAUACAAAGAAGGAACACAAGCCCAAAACACGUUCUUCGUAGAACUUUGGGAUGUCGGAGGCUCAAAUGGACAUAGAAACACAAGAGAUGUGUUUUACCAACCAACGCAUGGAAUCAUAUUGGUGCACGAUUUGACGAACAGAAAAAGUCAAGUGAAUCUUCAGAAGUGGCUCGCUGAAAUAUUGAAUCAGGACAGUUCGAAUCCAACUUUACAGCAUGUAGACGUCGAUCCGGAACAGUUCUUAGGUUCCACGCAGAUUCCGAUUUUAGUGAUCGGGACUAAAUACGACGCUGCGGAGGAAAAACAAAGGAAAAAUCAAUAUAGAAGACUCGCUAGUAGUAUAGCUGAACAAUGCGGCGCUGACGAAAUAUUUGUAACCUGUCAUCAGGCAAGAUCCCUAGCUCCAGGCUCUACGAAUUCAGUGAAAUUAACAAGAUUUUUUGAUAAGGUAAUUGAACGUCGAUACUAUUCGCGAGUUAGUCCAUUUUCAGAUAAAAGACGUAUUCCCCCGUACAUCAUGGCUACGUCAACUCCUCUUUCUAACAACAGACCAUCUCAAUAUAUGAGUCCAAGGUUUUAUCAUAUGGAUUAAAAAUAUUUGUAUUGCCUAUAUUCAAAUCAUUCCUUAGGUUCGAAAACUAAAAACAUAUUUUUCCUUUCGUAAAUUGGAGCAAGGAUGAAAUAUUAGACCCAGAAAAAAAAUUUGUUUUAUUGUU